AUGCCGCCGAAGCGCAUGACCGCGAACCCCAUCAAAGCUCCCCGCUACCGACCUGGAAAGGUAAUAGAAGAGGCCUCUUCUUCGGAUUCCGAAGCAGGUUCUGAAGAUGAGGCUGCGCCAGCUGCAAUUGCCCCGCCUCCCAAGGUUACGACAGCGAAAGGCAUCACUAGCGCAUUAAAACAAACGGAUAUAAAUGCAAUAAAUAAACGAGAAGAGGCGCGCAAAGCGGAGGAGAAAGCUUUAAUAGCCAAGAUAGAAGAAGGAUUUGAGACAGAGAGCGAGGGAGAUGAAGAAGGCAGUGAGGAUGGCAGUGGUAGCGAUGAAGAGAGCAGCGAAGAGGAGUCGUCAGAAGAGGAAGCGCCGAGGAGAGUCAUGAUGCGCCCAAAAUUUGUCAAGAAGGAAAAACGUGGCCAGCUAUUAUCUACUGCCGCGUCGAAUGCGAAAAGUGAAGAGGAACUUGCAGCAGCAGAAGAGGCGAGGCGCAUAGCGGCGGCAAAUGAGAUAGUGGAAGAGCAGAUACGCAAAGAUCUAGCUGCAAAAGAAGCGGGAAAGCGAAACUGGGAUGACGAGGAGGACUCGGACAACGAGGUUGAUGACACUGAUGAUGUCGAUCCAGAGGCAGAGUAUGCUGCUUGGAAGCUACGCGAAUUGAAACGAAUAAAACGAGAUAGGGAAGCGAUCGAGCAAAGAGAGAAAGAGUUAGAGGAGGUGGAGCGGAGAAAAAACCUGACAGAGGAAGAGAGGCAAGCUGAAGACGAGGAGUAUAUUGCAAAACAGAAAGAAGAGAAGGAGGGGAAAGGGAAAAUGGCGUAUAUGCAAAAGUGGUUCCACAAAGGUGCAUUCUAUCAAGAUGAUGCACAAGCAGAAGGCCUGGAUAAAAGAGAUAUUAUGGGCUCCAGAUUUGCGGACGACGUUCAGAAUCGGGAUCUCUUACCUCAGGCACUUCAAUUAAGAGAUAUGACGAAAUUAGGGAAGAGGGGUGCAACAAAAUACAAAGAUUUAAAGAGUGAGGAUACUGGGAGGUGGGGAGAAUUUAAUGACAGAAAGGGUGGUGGGCGAGGAUAUGGGGAAGAUGAGAGAUUCAGGCCGGAUGGUCCUGGGGAAAGAGGCGGGCCUGGAGCUAGUGGUUCGAAUAGUGUACCUGUUGGGGACAAACGGCGGAGGGUAGGUUGA